GCGCGCGCGUCUGCUGCUACUGUAAACAGCACUGUGCGCGUCGCUGCGCUGGAGUCUAGGGGAGAGACAGGCUCGGGUUGUUGAGGCUCUGAACAAAAGAGGGUUUAAUUAAGUUUGCAAGUGAAGGACGGUUGUGACAGAGACAGGAGGAUAUUAAGUGUGUAACAUAAGCAAGUGUCAUCCUCCCAUCUCUCCCCUAGUCCUCUCAUGCAUGUAGACACUGUCAUCCAUUACAAGUGUGCCUCCUUGAACAGUCCCAUAAGCAUAUAAUAAUCCAAGUUCUCAUUACCAAAGAGUGUUAACCACACACUAAACAAACCAGGAAUUGUGAAACGCACAAGGUGAUAUUUCAAACACACAGGGAGAGAAGCAUACAUUUAUACACGCAGCUAGUUCGUGCUGCAGAUAAAACAUAUUGAGAUUUAUUGUCACCAGCAUUUCAACAUUCCAAAACGACUCAUAAUUCCCCCCAAAAAAACAAAACAUUUCAACAGAGCCAUUAGUUGUCACAUAAACCCAUCAUGGCCUCUGUCACCAAAUCCUCAAACCCUGAGAUCCCAGAUAAUCACAAGGAUAGCUGGCUGGCACUGCUUUCUGCAGCUGAGGCUUACAGUCAGAAGUCUGGCUGUGAUUUGGCGAUUCUGACUGCAUACAAGAAGUUCCAUCCCUCCGGUGUCGAGGGUGAAGGGGGCAGAGAUCUGCCCCCCGGAGGCAGGAAGUGCGAUUAUGCCUACCAUGUUUGGGGACAAGGGGCACUGGCUGAGUCGUCACAGCGAUACAUGGAUGACAUUGCAGUUCUGCACUCUACCACUGUACUGACGGCACAGAGACACAUUCGUCGGAAUAUAGAAGAGGGAGGAGCCAAAUUGGUUGUGGACAUGCCUUCUCAAAGGGUGAGCUUGACUGGGGAUGGAGUCGGGACUGUAAGUCCCAACAUGAGACUUUAUUCACAGAGCUACCCGUCAAUCUACAGCGCGGGCACUGCCAUUGGCCAGCCAGCUGGACAGCAUGCAAAUGAAGAGCGGGAAAGAGAGAGAGCAGUGAUGGAAGAAUGUGAGAAAGCGAGAGAAAGAGCAGAUAUUGUGGACUUGGAGGAAGAGGAAGAGGAUGAGGAGGAAGAAGAUUUGGAUGGAAGGAGACAUAACCUUAAUGAAUCAGCAGGAGUCUUCUCAAUGGAUGAGGAUUCUCUGUCCCGGGACUGUGAACCCUUCUUUGAGUCUGAUGGGGAAGAGGAGAGCACUGAUGGUUCUCUGAGUGAGGAAGCCCCUCCCCCUCCACGUGGCUUGGCAAUGGGUCACCUGGCGUCUCGCACUUCUCACCCCAUGGCAAUGGCACGUUCACUGCCUGUGUCUGUACCAGUGUGGGGCUACAGGAACAACCAUGCCCAACAGGGCGACUCCCACAGCGGAGAACGGGUGGGCUGUGCAGAUCUGGAUCACAUAGCUGCCAGUAUGAAAGCCCUGCUGGUCCCAGGUGCCACCGACGGAACUGAGAUGUUUGGAGCACUGCCACGACCUCGCCUUAACACGGGCGACUUCUCUCUCAAGCACUGAGAGAGGGCCAAUGUUUGUAUGUAUGUUUGAGUGUGUGCAUGCAUGGGAAAGAGAGGAUGACGACCUGUGAGCUUGUUUGUGUUCAAAAGUUAAUUGAGCAGAACUGGAGUUUAAAAGACACAAUUAAACAUGGUUUAGUGGAUGUUUUUAGCAAAGACAUUGUUGCCAAAUCUGAAGCUUCUCUUGCAUAUCAUAAGUAUUUCUAUUGCGCUGAAAGUGGCAGAACUUUUUCCAAACCUUAUAUUCAUAUGAGAAGCAAGAUGAGAGGGGUUUGAAUAGCGUGGUCUAAAUUGGAAACUUUUUGAUGGCUUAGACUGAAUGGUUGUGGCAGACCUUAGUUGUGUAUUGCAUUUCAUUAUGAGAAACACUAACAGAGCAAAUGUACAUCAUUGCAUUACUUGUCACACCCAGUAUCUGUCCUCUGCAGUGUGGGAUUUAUUGAUCAUAUAUGAACCUAUUUACCCACUGAGAUACACAUCCAUCACCAGAGGAGCAUUGUACAUUUGCAAACACUACAUGCGCUUAAAGAUAUAUACUGCUGCAUUCAGCUUUGAAUUCAGUGGUUAAUAUUCAUGGCAGGAUUGCCAAAGCUGACUAGAUGUUAAUGUGAAUGCUUACAAAUGAUGUCACUCUCUGCCACACUCACCUGCAUUUAAAAUACUGUCAUGAAGACUUUCUGAAUCAAUGCUUUGUGAAGCAAAUGGACAAUGAGAGGAGGCAUGUUCUUUCAGGGCUGUUGCUUCUAAACGUUCUGACAUCAUUAAGCUUCAAAAACAUGAAUGUUUGGGGUUUUCAACUGCAAAAAUGAAGUGCAUUUCUGCUAUUUAACUGAUGUGCUUGAACAGUGAUGAAGCAGAGAUGCCAAAUGUUGCAUUGUUGAUUAGUGUCAUAGCUUCUCUAAAAAACCUUGCCAGAUUGAAGGAAUAAAGAUUUUAAAUAUGAGGGUUUACAACACUACAAAAGUAGCUAUGUGUCCAUUUUAAACAUUUCCCAACUGUUCAAUGUUUAGGUAAUGAGUUUUUGGAAUAAACAAGUUGUUCGUUGUUGAA